AUGGAUGAGGGGAACGCUCGAUUUCAAGCCGCACUCGUGAAGGCCAAGUCUAAGAGAACCAAGUACAAGGCAGACUGUACCAAGGCUCAGACUACGAUUCGCAACCUGCAUGCUGCUCUUGCUUCUGUACCAGUGGAGCGCGAUCAACUUCGGGAUGAUCUGGCUGAGUUGGAUGCUGAUUAUGACCGAUCGCGCUCCUUUCUCUCCGAUCGUGACUAUCGAGAGGGUCUGCUUCAAGCUACUAUCUCGGGUCUGGAGCUAGAGCGCGAUCAGGCGUUGCGCAAUUGCGACGUUCUUCGAACGAGCAUUGCCGCGCUCGUUAACGGCCCCAGUUUACCUUCCUCGUCCCGUCCAGUUGAGACGGCCCCAACUACGAGUGCUCGUGUCAAACGCCCCAGUACUUCCGCUUUAACUCCUCCUCCGCGGACCAAGAGAGCUAGAAUCGAGGCUACCCCGCAGUCGGUCGUCAAGAUGACACCCAAGACUCAUUCUCCGACUGCGUCCGGUAUCGUCGCUGAGCCUUUCUGA